AUACCUGCAGAUGGCGUUGACCUGUCCCCUCGGUGAGAUCUGGAGCCACAUUUCCUCUUUCUUAUCUCGACCAUAAAAGAGCUAUCCCCGAUCCUAAGUUUACUAGCACCUAAAACCUGCAAUUCAAUUCUCUUCUUCACAGAUUAAUACUAAAUGGGACCUGCAAUAUUUCUCUCAUGGAUGCUCAUGUCCUGUUUUCUCAUCACCUCAGCCAUGGCAGGAGUUCAUUUCUCCACCCUGCCCAGAACCCUGGUAGUUACAUCAGUCAUCUGGAGCCAUAAUUCACCAGCUUCCAACGUUGCCAAGGCAGGCGUUGACGAGCUGGUGGUCACAUGGAGGCUGAACGAGUCUUUGGCAGGUGGGGAGGUGGAUUCAAAGUACAAGAGCGUGAUAGUAAAGCUGUGUUUUGCCCCUGUGAGUCAAGUAGAGAGAGGGUGGAGAAAAACAAACGAUGACCUUAAGAAGGACAAGACCUGCCAAUUCAAGAUCACAGAGCAGCCCUACUCUUCUUCUCCUAACGACACGGUCACAUGGACAGUAGGGAAAGACGUGCCGGGGGCUACUUACUUUGUGAGGGCUUAUGCAUUGGAUGCUUCUGGAACUCAGCUGGCUUAUGGUCAGACGACCAAUAAGAAUAAGACAACUAAUCUGUUUGUAGUGGAGCCCAUUUCAGGGCGACACGUGUCCUUGGACAUUGCUGCUGCUGUCUUCUCUGCCUUAUCUGUUUUCUCCUUGUUUGGUUUCUUUGCUGUGGAAAAAUUUAGAGCCAAGAAAUGAUGGAGAAGUGCUAAUCAUGCAAUUCUUCUCAUGACAAAAUCCAAUCAAGUGAUAAAAAGUUGAAUUGACUGGCCUCUUUUUAGAAUUUUGGGAAUCUAAUGAGUGGUAGUGUUAUCAUUGACAUGAAUCACACCAAUAGGCUUGUUUCUUUCAUGAGGAAUGAGGGCCAAAUGGUGAGAUUGUGUUGAUUUGUAUGGUUGAAUUUUGAAGCAUUGGUAUGUUUGUAUGUUGUCUUGUGGAUUGUCAAAGUGCUAUUGCUAUUA